UGUUUCUUGUCUCAUUUCUCCUGUUGAUAUGUUACUGACAUUCUUUAAUACAAAUUUACACAGGCUAGGGCCUACACUAUUUAAACAUAAGUGCAGUUCACUCAUAGGGACCCUUAUUUGCAGAUUAUAUAUGUAUGACCUAUCUGAUGUGCUGGUGAUCGCAUGAUGGAAUUCAUCGCUGGCGCCAAAAAAAUGCCUGAAGCAUGGUUUAUGGAUAAUUCCAGUGAUGACCCGAGAUCCGAGCAUCAUUUAAAUCCUCCAGAGUUUUUAACUUUGGAAGACGUGAAAACUUUGUCUGGUGUAGAGUAUUGGAAGAUUGAUGUUGACAACUUAGAGCAGGAUCAUGAAUAUUCUACUCUUCGAAAAAAUAGAGGAUAUGAUUAUGAAGAUCUUGUUGAAAUAUCAAAGGACAAAUUGCCAAAUUAUGAUGAAAAGCUAAAAGUAUUCUACACUGAGCAUCUUCAUGCAGAUGAAGAAAUACGUUUAUUUUUGGAUGGAAGUGGCUAUUUUGAUGUUCGAGAUAAGAAUGACAGAUGGAUUCGUAUCAAAGCAAGUAAAGGUGAUCUUCUUGUGUUACCUGCUGGCAUAUAUCACAGAUUUACUUUGGAUGCUUCGAAUUAUGCUAAAGUAAAAAGGCUUUUUUGUGGAGCACCAGUUUGGACAGCUAUUAAUCGACCUGCUGAUGAUCAUCCUGCAAGGAAAAACUAUCUAGCUUCUGUUGCUGCCUAGAACUAAUUUUUCUAGCAAUGAACAGAAAAAAAAAUAUUAAUAAAUUUAUUUGUUCAGUAAUUGUUAAUUUUUUGAUAAAUGAUAUGUUUGUUUUCUUUUUUGACAUAUUCUUAAAAAAUUUUUAUUUCUUACCUAAAAGUUCAAAGCAAAUGGAAUUACUUUCAUAUCAUGUAAUAUUAGAAUAAACCAUUUUUGAUAUUGUGCUAUAUUUUACAUCUGCAUUGAAAGUUUAAAUCAUAACUUGAAAACUUACAAUACUGUGGUGAAAAAGACACAGUAUAUGUCAUUUUUAUAUUUGUAUAAUAAAUGGAAAUAUUCUGCAUUUCUUAGAAA